GUUGGAGUUUGAGUUAAAAGUCCCUCUCUCCUAAAGGCUUGAAAUAUUUAUUUUUGGUCUUCACUUGCGGUAGUUUUUGUGCAUUGCACGUAUUGAAAGAUUGCACUGUGACAAUGCGUUUGACUACUGGGGGAAAGGCACAAUGGUUACCGUUUCAUCAGCCCCAUCAACUGCUCCGACUUUGUUCCCUCUUGCGCAAUGUGGCUCCGGGACGGGAGAUAUGAUGACUCUGGGUUGCAUUGCCACUGGCUUCACGCCUGCCUCCCUCACCUUCAAAUGGAAUGACGAAGGCGGGAAUUCCCUGACUGAUUUCGUUCAGUACCCUGCGGUCCAAACCGGUGGAAGCUACAUGGGAGUCAGUCAACUCCGUGUAAAGAGAGCAGACUGGGACAGUAAAAUUUUUGAAUGCGCCGUGGAACAUUCUGCUGGUUCAAAGAAAGUACCAGUGAAAAAACAACUGCAGCGGGUCAUUCCUCCAAAUAUCACACUGUAUCCUCUCUGGGAGGAACUGGAGGUAGGAUCAAAGGUGGGAAUCCUCUGCAUCCUGAGUGGGUUCUACCCUGACAAGCUGAGUGUGGAGUGGCUGCUAGAUGACAAGACUGUGACCACAUCUCCAGUCCAGCGGAAGCUGCAGAGUGUAGAAGGUGAGGAGAAAACAUUCAGCCUGAACAGCCAGCUGGAGCUGGACCGGAGCCAAUGGACUCAAGGGUCAGAGGUCACAUGCAAGGCAACCCACAAUGCAGCACAAGGACCACCUACAGGAACACCAGUCUCCAGGACCACCAGCAUUUGCUCAGCGUUUCUCUCGUCUACUCCAUCCAUCGACCUGGAGACCCCCAGAUUCAGGACAGUGAUGACACAGACUGAGGUAACAGCUACAUGUGUAGUCCACUCUGCAUAUGACGCCAAAGUGUCCUGGAUUCUGGAUGGAAAAGACCCAACCAGCCGAACCCCAGUGAACCAGGCCAGCAGGACAACUCAGAGCAUCAGCAGUAACCUGACUCUUCCCUCAAGCCAAUGGAAAACCCUGAACACAAUAACAUGCAGAGCUGAACAUCGCUGCUUCAACUCCACAGAGAAGACCAGUAAUGUUAAAGGACCUGCAGUGAGCAGCACUACCACAGUUCUGAUCAAGAGGUCUCUCCCAGAGUUACUGAAGGGAGACAGUGCUGUGCUGGAGUGUGCCAUCACACAACUCUCCUCCAGUGACCUCUAUGUCACCUUUCAGGCCAAUGGUGUUGAUUUCCCUGAGAAACAGUAUGUGGAUCUGCCUGCCUCCAAAGGCCCCCAUUCACUCACCAGACGGUUCUCUAUCCCCAAAUCACACUGGAAGACAGACAACACUUUCACCUGUAAAGUUAACCAAGGUUUCUCCAACAGCUUGGUGUCUAGCUCCAAAGAAAUGGUGUUCUUUCCAGGUGAACUGUCCAUGGAACUCCUUCUUGUCCCCAGUGAGGAGUCGUCUGGCUCAGGGACCCAGAAACUCAUGUGUUCUGGGUGGGGCUUCAACCCUAAGAUCAAGUGGCUCUCUGGGUCUGAACAGAGGUCUGCAGCAGACAAUGAGAUAAGGAUGGGAGAAGACGGACAUGUGGCACUAACCAGUCAUAUCACAGUAACACAGCAGGAGUGGAAUGAGGGAAAGGACUUCAUCUGUGAGGUAGAUGACAAAGAUCUUCAGAAAACUGUCAGGAAGAGCACCAGUUUAUGCACAGCGUUUCCCUCGUCUACUCCAUCCCUCCACCUGGAGACCCCCAGAUUCAGGACAGUGAUGACACAGACUGAGGUAACAGCUACAUGUGUGGUCCACUCUGCAUAUGACGCCAAAGUGUCCUGGCUUCUGGAUGGAAAAGACCCAACCAGCAGGACCCCAGUGAACCAGGCCAGCAGCACAACUCAGAGCAUCAGCAGUAACCUGACUCUUCCCUCAAGCCAAUGGAAAACCCUGAACACAAUAACAUGCAGAGCUGAACAUCGCUGCUUCAACUCCACAGAGAAGACUAGUAAUGUUAAAGGACCUGCAGUGAGCAGCACUACCACAGUUCUGAUCAAGAGGUCUCUCCCAGAGUUACUGAAGGGAGACAGUGCUGUGCUGGAGUGUGCCAUCACACAACUCUCCUCCAGUGACCUCUAUGUCACCUUUCAGGCCAAUGGUGUUGAUUUCCCUGAGAAACAGUAUGUGGAUCUGCCUGCCUCCAAAGGCCCCCAUUCACUCACCAGACGGUUCUCUAUCCCCAAAUCACACUGGAAGACAGACAACACUUUCACCUGUAAAGUUAACCAAGGUUUCUCCAACAGCUUGGUGUCUAGCUCCAAAGUCAAGCUUUUUGGUGAACUGUCCAUGGAACUCCUUCUUGUCCCCAGUGAGGAGUCGUCUGGCUCAGGGACCCAGAAACUCAUGUGUUCUGGGUGGGGCUUCAACCCUAAGAUCAAGUGGCUCUCUGGGUCUGAACAGAGGUCUGCAGCAGACAAUGAGAUAAGGAUGGGAGAAGACGGACAUGUGGCACUAACCAGUCAUAUCACAGUAACACAGCAGGAGUGGAAUGAGGGAAAGGACUUCAUCUGUGAGGUAGAUGACAAAGAUCUUCAGAAAACUGUCAGGAAGAGCACCAGUUUAUGCACAGCGUUUCCCUCGUCUACUCCAUCCCUCCACCUGGAGACCCCCAGAUUCAGGACAGUGAUGACACAGACUGAGGUAACAGCUACAUGUGUGGUCCACUCUGCAUAUGACGCCAAAGUGUCCUGGCUUCUGGAUGGAAAAGACCCAACCAGCAGGACCCCAGUGAACCAGGCCAGCAGCACAACUCAGAGCAUCAGCAGUAACCUGACUCUUCCCUCAAGCCAAUGGAAAACCCUGAACACAAUAACAUGCAGAGCUGAACAUCGCUGCUUCAACUCCACAGAGAAGACUAGUAAUGUUAAAGGACCUGCAGUGAGCAGCACUACCACAGUUCUGAUCAAGAGGUCUCUCCCAGAGUUACUGAAGGGAGACAGUGCUGUGCUGGAGUGUGCCAUCACACAACUCUCCUCCAGUGACCUCUAUGUCACCUUUCAGGCCAAUGGGGUUGAUUUCCCUGAGAAACAGUAUGUGGAUCUGCCUGCCUCCAAAGGCCCCCAUUCACUCACCAGACGGUUCUCUAUCCCCAAAUCACACUGGAAGACAGACAACACUUUCACCUGUAAAGUUAACCAAGGUUUCUCCAACAGCUUGGUGUCUAGCUCCAAAGUCAAGCUUUUUGGUGAACUGUCCAUGGAACUCCUUCUUGUCCCCAGUGAGGAGUCGUCUGGCUCAGGGACCCAGAAACUCAUGUGUUCUGGGUGGGGCUUCAACCCUCAGAUCAAGUGGCUCUCUGGGUCUGAACAGAGGUCUGCAGCAGACAAUGAGAUAAGGAUGGGAGAAGACGGACAUGUGGCACUAACCAGUCAUAUCACAGUAACACAGCAGGAGUGGAAUGAGGGAAAGGACUUCAUCUGUGAGGUAGAUGACAAAGAUCUUCAGAAAACUGCCAGGAAGAGCACCAGUUUAUGCACAGCGUUUCCCUCGUCUACUCCAUCCCUCCACCUGGAGACCCCCAGAUUCAGGACAGUGAUGACACAGACUGAGGUAACAGCUACAUGUGUGGUCCACUCUGCAUAUGACGCCAAAGUGUCCUGGCUUCUGGAUGGAAAAGACCCAACCAGCAGGACCCCAGUGAACCAGGCCAGCAGCACAACUCAGAGCAUCAGCAGUAACCUGACUCUUCCCUCAAGCCAAUGGAAAACCCUGAACACAAUAACAUGCAGAGCUGAACAUCGCUGCUUCAACUCCACAGAGAAGACUAGUAAUGUUAAAGGCUCAGUGACCCCCACCGCACCAACAGCAACCCUGCUCCAGGGUCCCAGUGAGCUCGUCUGCCUGGUGCUUGGCUUCAGCCCUUCAGACAUCAACAUCACCUGGCUGCUGGACAACGUCACAGAGCUGUGGAACAACAACACUAGUACCCCCUACAGGGCACCAGGAGGAAAGUUCGGCAUCAGGAGCCACCUUAGCCUGGCACACCAGGAUUGGACACCGGGGGCUGUUUACACCUGCAGGGUGACCCACACCACCCAGACUCUGGCCCUGAACAUAUCCAAACCAGAGCUCCUUGAGGUGGAGGGUGUCUUCUUUGACGAGAACAGGUCUGAUCCCAUUCUGGCGGACACUGCAGAGGAGAACUGGAACAUGGCCUGCAUCUUCCUGGUCCUCUUCCUCAUCUCCCUCCUCUACAGCUUCACAGUCACUCUGGUCAAGACAAAAUGAUGACUUCAGGACACUUCCAUAUGAUGGAUCUCUAGGAGUUCAACUGGAAAUGAAACCUUUUAUUUCAACCUUUUCUUAUACAAUCACAACACGUUUCUUAAGAAAAUUGCAUAGUUUGAAUUUCUUACGGUUUCCUGUUGCAGGUUUGAUGACAGGGAAGUGUUCUUGUUUUUAUUCCCCACAAAGACAGACAAUGUGGAGGUGCUUACUUGCUCUCAUUUCUUGUUAAUGCAAAUUUUUGAGCAGAGAUAAAAAUGGAUGUUUAACCUCUAUUAAAUAAAGCAUACCAUUACUCUCUAUGAUGAAGUAUUUAGACACCAGUUAUUGCUGAAUUAUCUGCUGAUAAUAAAACAUUAUUUCAAACCA